AAGCUUUGUCUCGCUCGCUCUUUAGCCUUCCUCGCCACCUCUUUAGAACGUUAAGCUCUUGUCGCCACGUUCGAAGAAGAGAACCUUGAGCUCCUUAACGUUCUGUAUUAAAAAGAGCGGCGGCGUUGGUUUAGCCUAAUAUUUUUAAACAUCCAAACUAAAAAGUGUGGGGAAAUAAUUGAAAAAACCCGCUAGGCAAAAUGAGGGAAAUCGUACAUAUUCAAGCUGGGCAAUGUGGUAACCAGAUCGGUGCUAAGUUCUGGGAGGUGAUUAGUGAUGAACAUGGGAUUGACCCCACUGGAACCUACCAUGGCGAUAGUGACCUACAGCUUGAUCGCAUCAGUGUUUACUACAAUGAAGCCACAGGUGGCAAAUACGUUCCUCGUGCCAUCUUGGUUGAUUUGGAGCCAGGAACUAUGGACUCAGUGAGGUCUGGACCAUUUGGCCAGAUCUUCCGACCAGACAACUUUGUAUUUGGCCAGAGUGGAGCUGGCAACAACUGGGCCAAAGGUCACUACACAGAAGGUGCUGAGCUGGUGGAUUCAGUCCUGGAUGUGGUCAGGAAGGAAGCAGAGAGUUGUGACUGUCUGCAGGGUUUCCAGCUGACCCACUCUCUGGGUGGCGGAACCGGUUCUGGGAUGGGCACCUUGCUGAUCAGCAAGAUCCGUGAAGAGUACCCUGACCGCAUCAUGAACACCUUCAGUGUGGUGCCAUCUCCUAAGGUCUCUGACACAGUGGUGGAGCCAUACAACGCCACCCUCUCAGUGCACCAGCUGGUAGAGAACACAGAUGAGACCUACUGCAUUGACAAUGAAGCCCUCUAUGACAUCUGCUUCCGUACCCUCAAGCUCACCACCCCUACCUACGGCGACCUUAACCAUCUGGUCUCUGCCACCAUGAGUGGUGUAACUACCUGCCUCCGCUUCCCUGGACAGCUGAACGCUGAUCUCCGCAAGCUGGCAGUCAACAUGGUCCCGUUCCCCCGGCUCCACUUCUUCAUGCCUGGGUUUGCCCCCUUGACCAGCCGUGGCAGCCAACAGUAUCGUGCCCUGACGGUGCCAGAGCUGACACAGCAAGUUUUUGAUGCCAAGAACAUGAUGGCAGCAUGCGACCCCCGCCAUGGGCGCUACUUGACCGUGGCAGCUGUCUUCCGGGGCCGUAUGUCCAUGAAAGAGGUGGAUGAGCAGAUGUUGAACGUGCAGAAUAAGAACAGCAGCUACUUCGUAGAAUGGAUCCCCAACAAUGUCAAGACAGCCGUGUGUGACAUCCCUCCUCGUGGUCUGAAAAUGGCUGUCACCUUCAUUGGCAACAGCACAGCCAUCCAAGAGCUCUUCAAGCGCAUCUCUGAGCAGUUCACAGCUAUGUUCCGCCGUAAGGCUUUCCUCCACUGGUACACAGGUGAGGGCAUGGACGAGAUGGAGUUCACAGAAGCAGAGAGCAACAUGAACGACCUGGUCUCCGAGUACCAGCAAUACCAAGAUGCCACAGCCGAGGAAGAAGAGGAUUUCGGUGAAGAGGCUGAGGAAGAAGCAUGAGGCUAAAUCUACUACCAUUAAAAAAAAAUUAAAUAAAAUCCGCACAAAAUAAAAAUUAAAAAAAAAAUUGCAUCUCCAUGUUCUAUUUCUUUUCCCCUUCUUCUGAAGCCUAGUCUGUCAACCCCUUUGUCCACGCUUCUCUUAAUGAGUCAGUCUUUGUUUUAACACUUGCUUGAGGUUAUCUUGACUCUUCUUCUUUGUGUUUCUUCUCAGUGGUGGGAACAGCCUAUGGUUGAUUAACAAAGGAAAUGGUGACUAGGGAGUCCCUUGAGAGUGACUAAAUGGAGCCAGUGUGAAAAGUGGAGUUCUGUCUUGGCUACUAUCCAUGAUUAAAGUUCUUAUUAGUCCCCAGAAUAAGUAGAUAAAUUCUUUCCUCAUCCUGAUCUUCACUACCACAGUUAAUCAUGUGCACUAUUAGCUAAGCUUUGUGAAAGGGGAAGGUGGUUCAAUACUCUCCUUGGACCCAUACCAGACAAGUAGAAAGGCAGCUGAAUUAAAAUGGAGACAUGUUCCUGAAAUGAAUACGUCCUGUCUAGUUUGGCUUUAGUAGAAAAUAAUUUGGCUUCUGUUAAUGUGAGCCACAAACCAUUGAUUUCAGGUUGCAUUUGCUAAUAGGCAGGGGUUUAGUUUUGGGGAAGCCUGCAGAAUGGAAUGCUAAAAUGUUUUGCAGUCUCAUAGAUUUCUACCUCAGCAGGUGUCUAUAAAUGUUCCCUGGUCUGUUAUCUUCCCCAGAUAUUUGCUUUUGAAGAAACUGCCCCCUCAAACAUCUUAACACAACUAAUAUUAACGUGGAAGGGUCUUGCUGACUACGAUGACAAAAUGAUUGUUCUCUUUGCGGGAACCAUAUUGUCAGAUGUCUUUGGCUACAUGGUUUUGACACUGUGUGCCUGCAAUAUAGAAGUGCUGGGUAUGCCAGACUUCACAUCCUUGCCUCUUCAUUAAUGCUCAUUGCUCCCAGGAUGUAUGCAAAUGUGUAUCGGUUCAUCUGCUCAUUCAAAAUCUGAGCCUAUGGUCAGGGAUGACAGCUAGCUCCUGACUUGGCAGUUGCUUUUUUUAGUAUCUGUUCCACAACAGUUGCCUUAUUAAAAUGUAUUUCAAAUGAAGGGAAGAACAGAAUACACUCAUUUUUGUCUGGAAUAAUGUUUUGAGACUUGAAUCCUAUCAAAGGUUAAGGUGGAAAGACUGGGACUUUGUUGACAGGUCUGGGGGAAAGUGCUAGUGCUAGACCACUGAUGUGCACACACUGCUUGACAAUGUGUCUUCUAAGGUAAUUGAACUAAACACAAGUAGUAUCAGAUUGCAAGGGGGUCUGUCACCAUUGAAGAAGCUGUCUGCCGUCUGAAGAAAUAACUGUACCACUGCAAUAUUUUUAAGUAACCAAGGCUUAAUUUGCUUUUGCUCACAGCUGUCAAAACAGGUCAAAACUAAAAGAUCAGUGAAGAAUCAUGGAGGUUAGCAUUAAAAAUGCCAGCAAAGACCUGCUGCACACAUAUAGCAUGUAGGAGAGUCUGUCCAAAUAGGGGGUGGGAUACCAUAUUUGAGUAUUCUGUGGGUUGGGGAGAGAAACAACUAGCCUGAGCACUCUUGACUGAACUUUUUUUCCAUUUCAGUGAGCAAUUUAUCCAUGGCAAUACCCCAAUAUCAGUCUGAAAUUUUAAAAAGCCUACUAACCAGUCUCCAUGUUGCUGUUUCUGUAGCCCAGGCUGUUGCUAUUAAUGUUGAAGCUGGCUUUUUUACUCUCUUGCUUAUUGCCUCAGCUUCUCCCCAUCUUCCUCCUCACUUAUUUUUUUCCUCUCAUCUUACUCUUUUUUAAAGAAAAAAAACAUCCCUGCUUUUUCAUAUUGAAAAGAUGUCUUUGAACAAAAAUAAAAGGGUUUUUGUUUUC